GUGGUUGCCGGCUCUGAGCCCGUGGUCCGCCUGACCAUGGAACACACCACACAGACAGAGUCGCGCGUGCCUGGCUGGCGGCAGCUGCUGUACUGCCUCGCCGGAGACGACCUUUACCGGAGGAAGCGGCAGGUCGAAGCUGGAAUGCGCGGCCACAUCAACAGCGUGUCGCACAUCGACCGCGCCGCUCGCGUCCUCUUCCCGGCUUCGUUUGCGCUUCUCAACCUCUUCUACUGGCUCGUCUACGUGUUCUCCGCAACUGAUUUCGCCUGGAGUGACAAUCCCAUGAACUCGCUGUCUCAUUAAGAAUAAAG